AGAUAGUCACUGAUAGUCACUGACUGAUGUGAAGAAGGCGUGAAAGGUGUAUACAGACUGUUAUAUGAUCCAAGGAUAAAACAACUUUUACAUAAUUAUGACUCUUAAUAAAUGAUUAAUAAUACUUUUUUAAAUGAAUUUUUACUUAUUUUUAUUCAAUGUUUUAAUGAUUGAAUCAAUAUCUGUUCAUUUCAUAGCAACGUGAUAACCUUAUUUUGAUAGUUCUGUCAUCCAAAUUCCAUCAAAAUGAUGCAACAAUACAUGAAGGAAUUAGAACAGGAUCCCUUUGAUCCAGAAGAAUUUGUUGAAAGACUUGCUUGGAGGACAGUCAAUGAUACUGUGAAAGACAGUGGGAAAACAUUUUUUGAUCCCACAAUAGUACAUGAAACAUUUUUACAAGCAAUUAAAGAUUUGCAAAUUCUCCAGGAACGUCAACAGAAGAAGUGUGAUAAAUUGGAAGCAGCAUUAAAGGAUGAGGAAGCAAGACAUAUACUUGAAAUACUUGAAUUACAAGAAAAAAAUAAACAUUCUAUUGAUUUGUUUCAUCAAUUAGAUGAAAGAAUAAAUCUUGUAGCUACUAAGGUUUUGCAUUUAGGGGAUCAGUUGGAAAGUGUUAAUACGCCAAGGGCUAGAGCUGUAGAGGCUCAGAAAUUAAUGAAACAUUUCUCAGAUUUCUUAAGUCCUGGUCCUUUAACAGAUCCAAUAUUCACAGAUAAGUCAUCGUUAGACGAAGCAGCUGAUGUAAUACAAAAGCUUCAUCUUAUUUCACAAGAAUUGCCAUCUGAAAAAUUCGAACAUGCAAAGAAAAAGAUUGCUGUUAAAUACGAUGAAAUUGAAAGAAAUCUUAUCGAAGAAUUUGUUAGAGCCCACAAUAGAGAAGAUGCUAGUCGUAUGAAAGAGUUAGCAUCAGUUUUAGCACAUUUUAAAGGAUAUUCUCAGUGUAUCGAUGCAUUUAUAGAACAAAGUCAAAUGGGUUCGUUUGGUGGAAAGGAUGUUUUCCAAGAUGUAAUACCUAUGUGUACAAAAUAUAAUAAAUUAAUGCAACAGGUAUUUACAAAUCCUGAACAGGUAAUGGCAAAGUUUGUGUUAAAUAUCUAUCACUUAAGGCUUCAAAAGUAUGCAGUUGCUAAAUUGGCAGACAAAACAGAUCCUGAUAAAUAUCUGAAGAAUUUGUAUGAUUUGUAUACAAGAACUGUGAAAUUAUCAACAAAAUUGAAAAUAUUUAAUAUGGGUACUGAUGAUACAUAUCUUGCAAAACUUACUAGAAAUAUAUUUCAAAAAUAUUUAGACACUUAUAUUAUCAUUGAAACAAAAGCAUUUCGAGAAAAAUCAGCAGCUCUUCUUAUUGAGUACUAUGAAUCUAAAAAUCACCAGAAGAAGCAAUUACAGACUGGUGGUUUUCAAGAAUUGAGAAGAGAUCUACAAGCUGUUUUAGGCGCAAGGACUAACAUAAAUAUUGCUCAGAUAGAGAAUUACGGCGGAGAGACAUUUUUAUCAGAGGAACUUGCAAUUGCUUUAUUACAAAGAAGUAAACUAGCUUUCCAAAGGUGUCAGUUGCUGUCAAAACCUGAUGAUAUACCAGUAAAUGUAUUACAAAUUUUGGAAAUCUUACUGCAGUAUUUAAUAAGUGAACACGUUGAUUAUGCAUUGGAAUUAGGUUUACAAAGCGUACCAAUUCCUGAAAGUAGAACACAGCCUGAAAUACAUUUCUUCAAUGUGGUAAAACAAUGUAACGCAAUUGUCCGUCUUUUAGAAGAACAGUUUAACGACAGUGUAUUACCUCUUGUUAUAUCAACUCCAAAGCAUGGUGAUUGUAAGUUGAAAAAGAAAGUUGUAUUAGAACAAAUUGAAAUGAAACUAGAAACAGGAUUGGAUAGAAGCAUAAAUGCUAUUAUUGGUUGGGUGAAAGUAUAUUUACAAAAUGAACAACGGAAAACUGACUUUAAACCAGAAAGUGAUGUAGAUACUUUAAGUACACCAGCUUGUUUGACAGUAGUUCAAUAUGUUACUGGAAUGAUUCGACAUAUUCGAAAUACCUUGGAUGGGAAAAAUUUAAAUAACGUUCUAACCGAACUCGGAGUACGAUUUCACAAAGUUAUUUAUGAUCAUUUACAGCAAUUUCAGUUUAAUUCUGCUGGCGCAAUGUGUGCGAUUUGCGAUAUGAACGAAUAUCGAAAAUGUGUUAAAGAACUUGAAGUUGAUCUUGUUACCUCAUUGUUUGAUACUUUACACGCUCUCUGUAAUUUACUGCUAGUUAAGCCAGAAAACUUAAAGCAAGUUUGUACAGGAGAUCAACUGGCAACAUUAGAUCGUAAUGUUUUGGUGAAUUUUAUACAAUUGAGAACUGACUAUAAAACCCAGAAAUUAGCUAAUUGUUUGAAGGGUUUAGCUACAUAAUAAAUUUGUGCUAUUUGUAGAAAUUCAUUAUUAUUUGAAGUUUCUUCACUACAUUACAUAGGUUUUAAAAAUAAAAACAUGGCUAAACAAUGUCAUUGUGUAAACUAAAACUUGAUAAGGAAAGGAAAUAUUUCAUUAUUUAGCUUCAGCUGUAUAUAAGAAGAAAGAUGAGAAAACGUUGUUUGUAAUUAUACAAUAAAUGUGAAAAAUUUAUAUAUUUGUAAUAAAUACACCAGGUGUAUUGGUGUGUAAAACUUUCAUGAGA